GCACAUAAAUUGAGAGAGAGGGAGAGAGAGAGGGCAGCAAGCAAGCGCAUUUGCUUUCAGUGAUAGGUUCGCAUCUUUCCAUCCUGCCCCCCCUCCUUUGAAUAUAAUUUUAGAUUUAGAGUGAAAUCAAGAGAAAAGCACUUUAGAAGCUCGGCUAGCUCCGCAGUAGCAACAGCAAAAGGGGUUUAGUGCAGGAUCCCAUAUACGCUUUGCAUUAAGAUCCGGAGGGAUAUAUAGAUUUUAAACUGCGUGUAGGUUAGGGGAAAGGAAAGAGCAGGAGAUACCGAGCCCUCGAUUCAUCUCCCUUACCCUCUCUUAUUAUUUUUUUUUGGUGCGUGCCAUUUCCAAACUGGCAUUCGAGUUGCAGCCCCAGGAGCAGGCUGGGUGUCUGAGCCUGCUGCUGCUGUUACCGCUGCCUUAGCAAGGGAGGGAGAAAAGCCCUUCGGAGGUUGCCUCCUGUAAUUCUAGCUGAGCGCGAUCUAGGUUAAAAGUCGUGCAACUGUAGCCGGCUUGGCCCGGGUGUGCAUGUGCAAAGGGGGGUGGGGUGGGGGGGAAGGAAAGAAAAGGAAAAGAGAGAGAAAGGGAGGACAGGCCGGGUGCAUUUUCCACUCGGCGGCCCGUUUUGCGAACACUCUGCCCGUGUGUUCUUUGCCUGGCUUUCCAACGGAGCGAAGAAACAGCAACCGGCGGCUUGGAGGGCGAGCCAGCCACGGAGACGGAGCGGCGGAGGCAGCCGAUCCCCGCCACAAUGGUGCUGGACAAGGAGGACGGGUGUCUGCCAGCCUAUAUCUGUUUAAAUCUGAUUGACGGGUCAAACAGCAGGAUGCUGCCUCCACAGAGGUAGUAAGGGAAGCAGGCGUGCCAAUGUUAUCUGUGCAACCGAAAGGGAAGCAAAAGGGCUGUGCUGGCUGCAACCGCAAGAUCAAGGACCGAUACCUUCUGAAGGCCUUGGAUAAGUACUGGCAUGAGGAUUGUCUAAAAUGUGCCUGCUGCGACUGUCGCCUGGGAGAGGUCGGAUCAACACUUUACACAAAGGCAAAUCUCAUUCUCUGUCGCAGAGAUUACCUGAGGCUCUUUGGGACCACUGGGAAUUGUGCUGCCUGCAGUAAGCUGAUCCCUGCCUUUGAGAUGGUGAUGAGGGCCAGAGAUAAUGUUUACCAUUUGGACUGCUUUGCCUGCCAGCUUUGCAACCAGAGAUUUUGCGUGGGAGACAAAUUUUUCCUGAAGAACAACAUGAUCUUGUGUCAGAUGGACUAUGAGGAGGGGCAGCUGAACGGAAGCUUUGAGCCCCAAGUUCAAUAGCACACCCUGCUUUGCUGAAACACUGUGGGAUGGACGUUCAGCCGCACUAGCAGUGAAGGGCGUCUGUCAGCUUGCCUGCAAUAUUUUUUUAAUUCUUGGUCCACAAAGGACUAUAUACAUUGUAGUAUUUCCCCCUCCAACACAAAGCAGUUACAAUUUUAGAUGUACAGUUGUGCCUGCUUAGCUGAGCACUGCAUUGCUUGUAUGUUCGUGAGGUUUUUUUUGGGAUUUGGGGGAGGGCUCUGUACAGUCUGUUUUUCUGUAUAUAAACUGGAACAUUUAUUUUAUGAAAAAUGUAAUGCAAUUUUAUUACAGGUGUGAAUUAAAAAUUAUGAAUGUU